AUGGGCGGCGGGAGCCGCAGCCGCAGCCGCAGCAGGAGCCGCAGCCGCGGCAGGAGCAGGGGCGGGGACCGCAGCCGCAGCCGCAGCCGCAGCAGGAGUCGCAGCCGGAGCGGUAGUCGCGCUGCUCAGAAGAGGAAACCCGACGACUACGGCGUGGACACCAUGAAGAUCAGCGACGACGACGCGGCAUUCAUUCUGGGAAAGGGCGGUAAGACGAAGGAGAAGAUCGCACGCGUCUCAGAGGCGGAGAUCGAGCUCUUCGAGAGGGACCUUAUUCUCGAGAUCCGAGGAUCCAAGAUGCAGCGGCGGCGGGCGAAGAAGUACGCCGAGGGCGUCAUGGCGCAGAGGACUGGCCCAGUCACUAUCACGGAUGACUACGACGACGGAGACCUGACCAUGCUGAUGGUGCCCCAGGAGACAGUAGGCUUCGUGACCGGAAGGGCCGGCAAUUUCCUGCGGACGAUCGAGGAAGAGUGGUGCACGCUGAUGUUCUUUUGCGAUGUGGGGUCGGGGCGCCGCGACCGGGAGUACGAGAAGCUGGCCAUCUUCGGGAGCGUACAGGGGCGACGCGGCGCCGAGCUCAAGGUGCUAUCCGCCGUGGAGACCAAGAAGCCGGGCCACUACGACAAGGUCAAGGACGAGGUCGUGCAGAGGGACCAGGGCAAGGACGAGACGGGCACCUGGGGCACCGACACCUUGACCUUCCAGGACGACGAGCUGUCCUAUGCCCUGGGGAAGCAGGGGGCCACGCGCAAGAAGAUCGAGCGCUCUUCGGGCGCCAUCGUGCAGUACCUGGGCCACAACGCCCUCUUCUCCGGGGAGAAGAAGGCCCGCAAGCGCGCAAAGGAGUACAUGAAGUGGCUCUUCAUGCAGCUGGAGGGACCCGUCUACGUCGAGGGCUGGGAGGACCGCACCGACUGCUGCGUGGUGGACAUCCCUGGCGAUUGUGUGGGGUACAUCACUGGCAACCGCCGCGCCACGCUCUCCCGCAUGGAGGAGGACUGGGGCGUGCUCAUGUUCUUUAUGAGCAAGAACCAGGAUUAA